CAUACCGGAAUAGCUGCAGGGAGGUUUGAUAGAGCCGGACCCCAGGAGCGACGAUCAGACUCGACAGAAUGGUGAAACGGUGGUUGUCGCUUUUAUUUGUCUGCGUACUCUCCUUGUACCACGUUGCAGCCGAUAACGGCAGUGUUAAAAAGCUGAAAAUGCAGUACACCACAGGACCUCUUCUCAAAUUCCAGAUUUGCAUAUCCUGAGGAUACAAGCGGGUGUUCGAGGAGUACACUCGGGUUCUAAGCCAGAGGUACCCAGACAUCCGCAUCGAAGGGGAGAACUACCUGCCCCGACCAAUAUACAGACACAUUGCUUCUUUCCUCUCCAUAUUUAAGCUUGCUGUGAUUUGCCUUAUUAUUCUGGGAAAAGACCCUUUUACAUUCUUCAGGAUGGAGACCCCUGGAAUUUGGGUUUGGGGUCAGGAGAACAAGAUAUAUGCCUGUAUGAUGGUCUUCUUCCUCAGCAACAUGAUUGAAAAUCAGUGCAUGUCAACUGGCGCCUUCGAAAUAUCGCUGAAUGAUGUGCCUGUUUGGUCCAAGCUGGAGUCAGGCCACCUGCCUUCCAUGCAGCAGCUGGUUCAGAUCCUGGAGAAUGAGCUGAAGCUGAAUGCACACAUGGACACGCUGCCCCUCCAGCGUUCCUAACGCCAAUCACAGCUUCACUCACUCCUGUAUAUGGGAGGAGUUCUCUCUCAGUAAUGCGGCACCCAUGAAGGCCUGCGCUGAAAGCAGUGUGUCUGCUGGUGUAGACUGGAUGUCUUUGUCCCCGUUACUGAUCUUGUGGAACUUCUGUUAUAGACAGUGGGAUAACAGUGGGAUUAGUGACAGUUUAUUGGAGAGCUGGUAAAUAAUUGUUUUGUUUUGUUUUUUUAAUGAUGUGCUUGUGGGCUCUAAAAGUAGUAAAGCCCUCUCAGACCUAGUUAUUGGUAACCAGUGAACCGUUUUAGAUUAAGAACGGUUUCCCAUCAUAUCUAUCUUUUGUCUAUGCUGUCACUUUGAUUAAGUCUUGAGGGCCAAAGUCGCGCGCGUGCGUGCGUGCGUGUGCGUGUGUGUGUGUGUAUCCGUCACCCAAACAUACACAUACAAGCUUUUUUUAAUACUUUUGGAUAAUUUUGCCAAUUACAUCACUAUGUUCUGAUGGUAACAAUGGAAACAAAACACGUACACAGUUGGAAAUUAUUUUAGGUAUAUGGGGAGUAUUUUUCCAUAUACAAAUAACUAAUUACAAAUAAAAUAACAUGCAUUUGAAAAAACCUAGGCAUGUGUAUCAUGAUCGUGAAUAUGUAUUGCAGAUAUCUGUUUUGUUUUAAUAUAUUUAAUUUUUCUAAUUUUUUUAUAUCCUCAACUGAAUUAAAAUGUCGUUUAUG